CUUUUACCAAUUUUUCAGGAUCCGAGAUCAGAUUUAUACCUAAAAUCUGAUUGAGCCAAUUGAAUUUGAUUAUUUAGUAAAAACAUCCCUGCCGCACUACAACUAGAUGACUCCCUCCUUCUUAUCCCUCCACAGUUAGAGUCUAGAUCUCUAUCCUUUUCACAAAUUUACUAAUAUAAAGUUAAAUUAUACUAUCAUUGUAGAUGAUCUGCCUAUGUAAUUGUAACGAUAUCAGUUAUAAAAUAUAGUAUAUAUAUAUAGCUAGCGUAAAGUACUGUAAUAUUAUAGUAUGCGUUUAUCUCUCUCUCUCACUAACAAAUCUCGAAUUCUCAUCCAUCCCCCAAUUUCAAAAUUGCUAUUUUUUAACCCAACCAACCAACCAACCAAAUAUAAAUCACGUUUUAUAAUUAUCAACAAUAUUUGAUUUCACUUCUUUAUCAUCAAUUGACUCGUUAUAGACAUGCUUUCAUCUACUUUAAGAUCCAACGUCAAACGUUCAAUCACUGCUCGUUCAAUUGGUUCCUCCAUUGGAGCCAUUAGAACUAAAGUCUCCUUACCUGAUUUAGAUUGGGAUUUUGGUGCUUUAGAACCACAUAUUUCAAGUCAAAUUAAUGAACUUCAUUAUACUAAGCAUCAUGCUACUUAUGUUGCUGGUUAUAAUCAAGCCAUUGAACAACAUGCUGAAGCCAAGGCUAAAGGUGAAGUUAAAAAAACCAUUGAAUUACAAAAAUUAAUUAAUUUCCAUGGUGGAGGUUAUACUAAUCAUUGUUUAUUCUGGAAAAAUUUAACUCCUGAAAAGCAAGGUGGUGGUGAACCUCCAACUGAUGAUAGUGAAUUUGCUAAAAGAAUCAUUGAACAAUAUGGUUCUUUAGAUAAUUUAAAAACUAUUACCAAUGCUAAAUUAGCUGGUAUUCAAGGUUCAGGUUGGGCUUUUAUCGUUAAAAAUAAAGAAAAUGGUGGUUCUCUUGAUGUUGUCACUACUGCCAAUCAAGAUACUGUUACUGGUCCACUAGUCCCAUUAGUUGCUAUUGAUGCUUGGGAACAUGCUUAUUACUUACAAUAUCAAAAUGUUAAAGUUGAUUAUUUCAAAGCUAUUUGGAAUGUUAUCAAUUGGAAAGAAGCUGAAAAGAGAUAUUUAGUUAAUUAAAUUAGUUAGUUAUUUCCCGUUCUAUGUUCCUUUUAAAGAUUUAACUAUCUUUCAAUAUAAAAUCAUAUUCUGAUCUAUUUAAA